GAGGGGAGAGAGGGAACGAGACGGGCGGAGGGGAGGGAAAGAGGGAGGAGGGAGCCCGAGCGCUGCGAAGCGUCCCUCCAUCGCCCUCACUCCGCGGGAGCUGCGCGAGGAGCAGGAGGAUGUUCGACAACACGCAGUACCCCUAUAACUGCUUCAAUUACGACGGGGAUGAUUAUCCAACCUGUAGUUCGGACGAAGAGAAAAAAUUCACCCGACCGGCAUACAGCUACAUUGCCUUAAUCGCAAUGGCCAUCCAGCAAAGUCCGUCAAAUAAAGUCACCCUCUCUGGCAUUUAUGACUUUAUAAUGAAGAAAUUUCCUUACUACAGAUCAAAUCAAAGAGCCUGGCAGAACUCCAUCCGACAUAACUUAUCACUUAACAGUUGUUUUGUAAAGGUUCCCAGAACAGAAGGGAAUGAGAAGGGGAAAGGAAACUAUUGGAGCUUUGCAACGGGAUGUGAGUCGAUGCUGGAUCUCUUUGAAAAUGGGAAUUACAGGCGAAGACGGAGGAGGAGGAACAUGAAAAGGGAACAUAAGGAGCAGAGACCAAGCAGAGGGAAAAGUCCUUCAUCCCCUGAUAUGUCUUCUACAGACUCUGGUUUAAACAUUUCCUCUUCUGAAAGUAAACACGAAAGAAUUGAAUCAGGACCAAGACUAUUGGAACCUCAUGGGUUUGCUCCAAACACUACAACCACCAGGCAGAGCCUAAGCAAUUCCUCCUUAGGAAAAUCGAAUUCUGAAAUUAAAUUUAGCAUCGAUUACAUUCUCUCAGCCCCUGACCCUUUGCCUGUUCUAAGAUCUCAGUAUAAUAUGCAGGAAAAUAAAUAUCAUCUACUGGAGGCCCAGCAAAUUAAUCUCCAGUUCUGGACAAUGUGAUGUUAUUUAUACGCGGUAACAAAGUCUGAGUUGCAGCGUAUUCAGCAGCCUUGCGUCACUGAAAAUCAGCCGUCUGCCUCCUCUUUUUUUCCACAAGUAGUAUUCAGAAAGGGUUACCAAUCCAUCAGCUGAUACUCUGCCUAUACCAAAAGAACUUUGCUAAGGUUGAAGUAUAAAUAACAGUUAUCAACACCAGUUUUCACUAUGCUGAAAUUCAUGAAAUUCUAGCUUUGUUUUCUGAACUAUCCUGGACUUCAUUUAACACCACACAGAUUUCCUCUCUUGAGCAGAUUCCAACAGAAAAGAGACUUGUUUAUCACCCAUUGCUUUAUUAAAGACAAAGUGGAUUUGAUUCCACUUUCACUGGUGGAAAUUAGAAUUAAUUCCAUUGAAGUAUAUAGGUCAGAUCUUAAGCUGAUCUAAAAUGGUGUAAUUCUGUGGAUUUACACUGGCUGAGAAUGUAAAGGGUUGGGGGGUGGUUUUGUUUUCUUAAAAGGAAUCACGGGAAAGCACUAGGUCUUCCCUUAGUUUUGAUUUUAGCAUCAUGUCUCAAGCUAUAGUAAGUACCAUGCAGCAUUAAUCCAUCAUUAAUUGGUAAAUAUGGUUAUUAAUAGGUGUUUAAGGUAUAUUAUGUUGAUAUUCAGGACAGAGUUAUUUAAACUGUUGAAGUGAAGUUAUAUUCAAAAUAAUUCCAAGAAAGCUAAUUGCAAGGCUGUUAAACUCCAGUAGACUUUGACGAAUAAAGUAACAGAGGCAUAGGGACUCCUAAUGCCUUGUUAAAAAAAAAAAAAAAGUUCUCCUCUUAUAGUAUCAGAAGGCUUCCUGAGAUGCUGCAGGAAAGUCCUUGAAUAUAUUUCAUUUAGCAAGUAUGACGGGAGGAGCAGCCUCGCAAGAACCUGGAACCAGUGUCGACCCAAGCCAGAAUUCCGUCCACCUGCUUUGAGACAAGUUGCAUAUUCCUAUUAAAUAGAUUUUUAUUGAUCCUUCCUGCAAGCAAUCACCAAAGUAGUACUUGAUACAAUUUCAGCAAAGCUAGUGAGGUUUAUAAUUUACAGAGAGCAAUGCUAGCUCACGAGCUCCAUUUCUAACGAAAGCCCUUUCAUUACCAUUUACACUGUAACAGGGUAUUUCAGAACAGACCCUUAUGGACAAUGAUGAACUGUAACCAACAUUUAAGAACUUGCUUUUAUAUAACUUGUUGUUCACGAUGAAUUGCUUCCAGUACCUAAUGGCAACAUUAGCAGAGACUCCACAAAAUGUUGGGUUUUGGCUUGGCUACUACAAACUUCACCUACCACAGAUAAAAGAAAAAAGACAAGGAUUCCGGUGAUUUUAAGCAAUUAUAUACAGAGAGAUAAAAUUAUCUUUGCAACAUGAACUGAAGGUAAAUGAAAGUAUAUGAGAUAAGAGUAAGCAAAACUGUGCUAGAGGUAUGCUCAGGCAUGACUUGAAUUUUUAUGCAGAAGCUUUGACAUUUCACUAAGUUAUUUUACAUUGUGGCUAAUAUAUACUGUAUGUUUAUACUAUAUAGUCUUAUAUAUUGUUACUGAGAAAGGGAGCAAUAUCACUGCACUUAUAUGUUGUAAAAAUGUAUGAUGUAUGUUGUCGUGAUGUUAAAAGUCCUGCCACGUACUUAAAAUUCACCAUCAGCAGUAUUUCACACAAGUUGGUAAUAAAUGAUCAUUUCUUUGGAAAACUAA